GAUUAUUUAUUGUGAAUGUGAAAUUGGAAUUAUUGUUAUCAUUUUGCCACAGCAAUGAAUAUUUACCAUGACUGUUUACAACUAUACGUAAGAAUUUGAAUAUAAUUAUUACAUUAAACAACUUUUUUAAACAUAAAUAGUGACCCUGUUAUGGAAAGACCAAAUAAUAACUUCAGCGACAUGAGUCGAAGAGCCGGAGAAAUAUUUAGACGCAUAAAUAGGCUAACAGACGGCCCUUUGACGAGGAAAAAGCUAGUAAUAUUAAUCUUAGUGCUAAUAUUCUUAUUGCUUUACAUUGGACCAACUAUUAUGAACUCGCUCUUCAAUACUGAGAGUUCCUUGACGAGCAACCAAAACCUCUGUCAUCGGACCUUUUUGAACCCUUUCCAAGAUGCUCUUAGUGAUUACGAUGCCUAUUUAAGGCUGGAAUCAACAGCAACAUUGUCGUCAUUAAGUCACAAUUAUGUGCCUUAUGUAGGAAAUGGUAUGUUAGGACUUGCACUGGAACAUGAUUCUCAUUUAAACAUCAAAUUUGGAAGAACAUUGUCAUUACCAGUCUAUUAUCAUCCGUUGUAUAUAGUAGAUGAUUUAGAUAUGAAAGAAUCAACUCUAGUAGAUUAUAAAAAAGGUGUUGUGCAUAGAUUUCAGUGCAGCAGUACUGGCUUGCAUGUGUCUUACCAAUAUUAUGCACAUAGGACUAUUCCAUCAUUAUUCGUUCAAGAAAUCUUAAUAAACAAUCCUCUGAAUGCACCUAAAAGCCUACACUUAACUAUACCUAGAUUGUCAGAUUGGUCGACAUCUGUUAAGCAAACUAUAAAACUACAUCAAGGUGUUGAUGCAAAGGAAUAUGAAGUAGUGACAGGUAUGAUAACACUACCAGAAAGUGAAAAUGUCAUUGCAGUGUCUGUUGUUUGUAGAAAAUUAAAUAAUAUUGUACAAGUUGAAGCAAGGGAUGGCUUAGAUCUUUUAAUUCUUACUACAAUACAAUAUAGUAAGCCUAUUAAAAGAUCCGAUUAUGCAAAGCAAAAAGAUAUUGUUGAAAAGAAAGCAAUUUCAGAAAUGGAAAAUGUCAUUGCACUAACGGGCGAUAGAACUGCUGUAAGGCGGUUAAGAGAAAACCACACUAGAGUUUGGCAAGGUUUAUGGUAUACUGGCUUUUAUAUAUCUGAUUCAAAAGCUGCUGGCGUUGUUAACGGAGACCGCAUUAAUGCAACUAUAUAUGCUAUCCUAUCACAAGUAAGGAGCUAUGAACACGAAGAUCAUAUAAAGUUGGACAAAAAAACAGAAAUCCUUCGAACUCUUACAUAUUCUGAAGGAUGUUAUGAAGGAUAUUCUACACUAGAUGCAUUUAACUUAUGGAAACCAUUGAACAGUCUCACAAACUUAAAUACAGUCGCAAGUAUAUGGCUCUUAACGUUGGAGAAGCAAGGCUGUCAUAAUCUAUUGAAAGCUGGUGCAAGUGGAGUGAAUCAAGCUAUGGUUCUCAGUUUCGGUAGCUUAAGAUUUAGUAACCAACAUCUAGAAUACAACAUUCACCCCUCGAAAUUGCAUAGAGACUUUCUAUUCCGUAGAAUAAAUUAUGGGAAUAUGACUCAUGUUAAUAUAAGUGUGAUAUUACAGGAAGACAAUAAAGCAGCUAUAUUUGUUGCUUUGGAUCGCUCUGACAAAACAUAUUACGCUUGUGAUGCCGGUUGCUUGGAUUCACCGGUACAACUAGGGCCUUAUAGAAAGUAUUUCCCAGUGAAAUUAACCGAACCUUUAACUGCUAUAUUGUAUAUAACAGCUGACAAACAACACAUGGAAGAUUUGAGACAUGCAAUUCAUGUACAUGAAGUUGUUGAGGCUCCAGCUCAUGAGCAUCACGUAAUUGCAUUACAUAGGCAUGGACACUCCCUCGGUGGCCUCAACCCCUUAUUCUGGGUGUCCAUAAUAGUGUUAAUAGUGAUGUUCCAUUUAUUCCUCUGUAGGAUAAUUAUGAAUGAAUUCUGCGAUAGUGGCACAAGUAUUAGUUACAAGAGAUUGUAUAAUAAAGCUUAAAUUGAUUAUAAGAUUUAUUUAAACAUGAAUAUUGUUCAUCGGUUUUUGCCAGCUUCAGUAUUCAGUGUUUAUAAGGGAUAUGGAAAUAAUGAGCUAAGACAGCUGGCAUGUUUUAACCAAGUUAAUAAAUUAAAAUAUUCAAAGCUGAUUAUUUUAUGGUUGGGAGCUGCUUAUGCUGAUUAAAGUUUAUAAUAAAAAUGUAGCGAACCUGACUAAUACAGCAAAACUUUGUUACAGCAUGCUGUUAGUUGGGUUAAGAGAUAGGAUGCUACAAAUUUUUUUUGCUUCUGCAACACUGCCAUGUAGUGCAUAAUAUUUGUUUAAGCAUUCAAAGCAGUUAUAGAUACUGGAAACAUAAAUGCUUAAAAAAAAUGAAAUCCAUUCAAUGAUUGAAAUGAAUCACAUUUUUGAUCAAUAGUCAUUUGUAAUUAAAUACAUUUAUAAAAUUCAUUAAACAUCUAUCAUUACUACUAUGGUAUUUCAUUAUAUAUGUAAAUAUUGUUAAAAUGUUGUUUGUUUCUUGAUCUCUAAAAUAAAUAGACUUUUUUAUAACAAAAAUAGAUUAAUAAAAUUUGCGCAAAUCUCUUUGUCUAACUCUAAAUAGGUACAGUGUUUGUUAUUGAAAUCUUAUUUUGAACCAAUGUUUUUGUAAAGUUUAAUUGAAUAUUCAAGUAAAAUAUUGAUUAUAAAUAUUUAUUUAAUGAUAGUUAUUUUAUAAAUUGUACAUAUUUGUAUGCUAAAUGGAUAUAGUUAUAUUGUUAUAAGAUUGUGGCGUAUAUUUUUAAAUAAAAUGGCAAUUGUAU